AGUAAAGAUGGCGCUGCCCGUGCGGACAAACUUCAGAAAUGUCUCUAGAUUUAUCCAGACCAGUUUCUCUUCUGUCAGAUCCGUCUGCGCUGGAACCAGGUGUCCGGAGAACCAGGAGCCUCCAGGAGGUGGGCGUGUAUUUUCUGGGAUCCAGCCGACUGGGGUACCCCACCUGGGCAACUACCUGGGUGCCUUGGAGAACUGGGUGGCCCUGCAGAACCAGUAUCCGUUGGUGCUCUACAGCAUUGUGGACCUGCACUCCAUUACCCAGCCCCAGGACCCGAAGAAGCUGAGGAGCAACAUACUGGACAUGGCAGCCAGCCUGUUGGCAUGUGGCAUCGACCCAGAGAGGGCGAUACUCUUCCAGCAGUCUAAGGUGUCUGCACACGCCGAGCUCUCCUGGAUCCUCGGCUGUCUGACCAGCAUGCCCCGCCUCCGACACCUGCCGCAGUGGAAGAUUAAGAGCAAACAGAAGAAUGAAGGCAGCGUGGGCCUCUACACGUAUCCUGUUCUCCAGGCUGCAGAUAUUCUCCUUUACAAGUCCACUCACGUCCCUGUCGGAGAGGAUCAGGUCCAGCAUCUAGAGCUGGCUCAGGAUCUCGCUCGCAUCUUCAAUAAUUGUUAUGGAGACGUGUUCCCUGAACCCUGCGCCCUGCUCAGCUCCACACGAAAGGUCAAGUCCCUCCGCAACCCCUCCGCCAAAAUGUCCAAGUCCGACCCCCAAGUGAUGGCGACGAUCACCAUCACAGACUCUCCUGAUGACAUCGCCCUCAAGCUCCGCCGUGCCGUCACAGACUUCACCUCCGAGGUCACCUUUGACCCAGAGACACGUCCAGGAGUGUCCAACCUAGUGACGAUCCACGCUGCCAUGGCCAUGAUCAGCGUGGAGGAGGCUGUGUCCCAGGCCAGAGGGUUGGACACGGGAGCCUAUAAGAAUCUGGUUACUGAGGCAGUGAUCCAGAGGUUGACGCCCAUCAGAGAGGAAAUCGAGAGGCUGAAGUCGGACCAGGCUCACUUGGAGGGAGUACUGGCUCGGGGGAACCGCCGGGCGCAGGAGCUGGCUGCACCGGUCCUCACAGAGGUCCGGCAGCGAGUGGGAUUCUGCUGAGUUACAGCUCGGCUGGAAAAUAAAGCCACAUUUAUACUGCGGGCCCGCUCAGUGCUUAACUGCUGCUUAUAUAACAUUUUAUUCCAAUGACUGUUUACAUUUCCAGGAUAGUCAAGGAUGUAACGUAUUUAUUAGAAAGGGUGUUGAAAGCAAAGGGGAAAAGACUCGACAGCAGACUCCUGUCAUGUUUACACUAAAGACUCAUUGGUGGACAAGCUUUUAAAGACUUUGACCUCUGUGUUGCUCUCAUGGAAAUGAAUGAGGACGCUGUUUCUAAUGAUGCAGAUGUGUAAACAUUUACUCAUUAAAUUACCCUGACUUGA